AUGGUUUCAGAUUGUAGAUGUGCUCUAUGCUUGACAACUUUGGUAGUUGAAACUCAAAGAUAUCUAUGCUCAGAGUGUCAUAACAUAUCAUUAUGUUUAAAAUGUUAUGAUUCUCCUAAAUCACAUACUGUUCACACUGAUAAAUCACCAUUACCUCAUCAAUGUUCUCUUGAAACAAAAUCACAAGCAGAAUAUAUCGAAUCAAAUAAAGCUGAAUCAAUUUAUGAAGGCUUUAUGAAUGCUUUCAAAAAUUUUGCAAAAAGAAGAUGUAUUGGUGAAUGUAUUGAAUUGGAAGAUGGAUCAGCUACCUAUAAAUGGGUAACCUAUCAAGAAUUAUUUGAUAGAGCUCAGAGAUUUGGAAAUGUAAUUCAAAAAUUAAUUCCUUAUAGAUCAAAAGUUGGAAUUUUUUUAACCAAUGUACCGGAAUGGUAUACAGUAGAUUUUGGAUGCCUUUUUUAUGGAUACUCUGUAAUUGGUAUUAAUCAACAUUUGAGAAAUGAUUUAUCACCUGAAAUUAAGAAUCAAAUUCCAUCAUCAAUCGAUAUUAAAUUAUUUUCUGAAAUUAUGAAUACAGAUAUAAAAAUAUCACCACAUACACCUCAAAGAGACGGAAUUCAUUCCAUAACUUAUUCUUCUGGUUCAACAGGUAUACCAAAAGGAAUUAUCGGUUCUAAUACUGAGACCUAUAUCUUGGGAUAUCCUUUAGAUUUUGUACCAAUCCAACUAAGUUAUCUAUCAUUGGCACAUACACAAAGGUUAACAGAUUUUACAACACUUUGGAAUGGUGGAAGAUUUGGAAUUUAUAGAGAUACCAAACAAAACUCUUAUUUAAAAGAUAAUUCUUUAAUUAGACCAACAUUUAUAUGGGGUCCAACAAGUUUUUGGAAUCAAUUACAUACUAAAUAUCUAAAAAAUGUUAAAAUGAUUAAAGAAUCGGAUCAUUCUAAAUCCGAUGAACAAUGUGAGUUGCAGGCAAUUGCAGAAACUAGAAAUUUGUUGGGUGAUAGAAUAAAGAUUAUUCUUACAACAGGAUCAAUUAUUUCACCAGAGGCAUUUGCUUUAAUGAAAAAAUGUUGGGGUGAAAAAGUAUUGGAUAUCUAUGGUAGUGCAGAAAUUAACAAAGUUGCAAUAAACGGUCAAAUUACCCCUGAUGUUGAAUAUAAAUUGUCUCCAAUAGAUGGUUAUGACAGUCAUAAUGGACAUCCAGUUGGACUUUUAAAAGUUAGAUCAACAAGACUCUUCAAAGGAUAUUAUAAAAAUCCAGAGGCAAAUGCGAAAGCAUUUGAUAAGGAUGGUUGGUAUUCAACUGGUGAUAUUGUUGAAGAGUAUGGGCAAGGAAAGAUAAGAAUUAUUGAUAGAGAAAAGAAUUCUUUUAAGAUUAGCUAUGGAAAAUUAGUUUGUCUUGAUAAUAUUGAUAGUUACUACUACAACUCGCCAAUGAUUAGAAAUAUUUUUGUUCAUGUUGCAAUUGUCGUUCCAACAGAUUAUAUAUUGAACAAAUUUAAAAUUGGUAAACAAGACAAUAUUGAUGAGAAUUUUGAACUUGUUAAGGAAAUUGAAAAGGAAAUUAAAUUAAUUGCAAACCAAAAAAAUAUUGCAUUUUGGGAGAUACCAAAACUUAUUAAAUUGGAUCGUACUAUUUGGACAAUGGGAAAUAAUUUGAUCUCUGGAACUGGUAAAUAUAAUAGAUUAAAACUUCUUGAAUAUUACAAACCUUCAGUUGAUCAAUUAUUAAAACAGUUAACAACUUUAACUGAUAAUGAUUCUUUUAUUUAA